CUGGAGUGCAACGGCGCGAUCUCGGCUCACUGGAACCUCCGCUCCCAGGUUUGAGCGAUUCUGCUGCCUCGGCCUCCCGAGUAGCUGGGAUUACAGGCGCACCACCACACCCAGCUAAUUUUGUAUUUUUCAGUAGAGACAAGGUUUCUCCAUGUUGGUCAGGCUGGUCUCGAACUCCUGACCUCAGGUGAUCCACCUGGUUUGGCCUCCCAAAGUGCUGGGAUUACUGGUGUUAGCCACCGUGCCGGGCCAACAACAGCCCUAUUAUUACCCUGAUUUUACAGGAAAACUGAGGCACACGGGUUAAGCAACUUUCUCAGACACAAAGCUAGUCAAGGGUGGAGGUGGGAUUCACAUUGUGGGGCUGGUGGCAGAAUCUCCUUGAAGAGGAGGGCACAGCUGGAGGGAGGAGUGAACAGGAGUGGGGGCAUUCCAGGCACGGAGCUGUGAGCUAACGUUUGGAGGGGUAGUGCACUUGGUGUGGGGUUGUCCUCCUCUUCUUGGGAAAGUGCUUCCUUAACUUUAACAUGAGUUAUUCUUGUUGCAAUGGCUGUGCUAACAGAUAAAUAGGUCCUAAAGUUCAGGGAGGCCAGAGGUGGGGCCACCACCCCUAUGGAUGAAUGAAGGAGUGUGGGAGUCAUGCGUGCUGGAAGCACGUAUCUUUCCCUCUCCUGAACAUCCUAACUCCAGAAAAAGGGGUGUGCCUCCUCCUGGCCAUGGAGAAGGUGAAGCCAACAGCUGGAGGUAGAGGCUGAGCCAAUUCGUUGAGUCAGUGAGGGGUGUGUUGGUCAGCUCUCGGUGGUCAGGCUGCCAAAUGGCCACUCAGUUUUCAACCCAUGACUGCCUGCCUGCCUGCAGUCUAGGCCAUCAGGGGUGACCCCCAGUCAUAUCAGUAGGCUGGUCUGUCUGUUGGGAGGCCCAGGGAGUCAGCAAGUCUCUAGGGAUGUGUGGGAGCCUACGUCAGUCACUCCAGAGCUCUCCAUCAGCUGGAGAAAAUACAGCACAAUGGGUUUAUCUUGAGAGGGGUGGAGGUGGCAGAAGAAGAAGGAUAGUGGGGAAGGGGUAAGACAACAAGAUGGCAAAGGCAGUGUAGAUGGUAGUUGGGCAGGUGGCAGUAUUGCUGAUGGUGCUAAUGUUGCCUUGGUGAUGCUGGAGGUGGUGGCAGUGGUGCUGGUGCUGGUGAUGUACCAAUUGUGAUGGUGCAGAUGGUGGUGAUGGUGGUUAUAUUGAUGGUUACAGUAGUGCUCAUGGUGGUAACGGUGAUGCCAGUGGUGGUGGUGGUAGUACUGGGAGGGACUGGUGAUGCUGGUGUUGGUGUUAGUGACAGUAAUGAUGGUUAUUGAUGGAGGUACUAGCAGCAACGAUGGAAAUGGUAGUUAAUGGGUGCUGUAAAUGGAGUGAGGUGGACAGGGAUCAGCCCCCUCACCAGCAUGGAUCCCCCAUGUCGGAGGCACAGGGAGAGCUUCAAGUUAGUCUUGGAGGCCCCUGGAUCCUGGCAAGUCCAACUUGUCCUCCCUUAAGCCAUCCCAUCAUUCUGUGUCUACCUCUGCCCCAGCCAGCUCAGCCAUAGCUGGGGAAGCAAAGAGACUAGGAUAGAGGAGCUUAGGCCAGCCGCCAGCACGUGAGGAUCUGCUCCAGCCCUUCCUGGGGUCCAUAGUACCAGCGGAGAUCUCAGGGUCCACCUCAGCCCCCAGAGACACCAGAAGCACGGGCCACCCACAGACGCAAAGGCUAAGGAGCUGCCGCCUAACUCACAGACGCACACACGCCGCCCUAUGCCCAGAAAUACAUGUGCACGUGCAUGCUCACAAACACGUCCGGCUCGCGUCCCACACUGACACGCUGGGAAGUCUCCAUGUGAGAACGCGCACGGACGGGCACACACAGGUGCACGCGCCGGCCACUCGAGGAUGCGCCGCCACGCGCGCGCACGCACAGGGACGCGCACGCGGCUCCGCUAAGUGGAACCAGCAGAACCCGAGGCCGGCCGAGCCAAUUGGAGACUCCUUGGCCCUGGAAGCCCUCGCUGCUGCCGCCAAGAGACGCGGUCAAUUAACUUCUCCCUGCAGCCAGGCUCUCUGACCCGGCCUGCCCGCCCCUCCCGCCGGUGCCCGCCUCAUGCCCGACCCGCCUCCUUCCUCCCCUGCCUCCUCUGGGUCCUCCCGCCCUGCACAGCCACGCUCGGACUGCAGGGCCCCGGCCCCGCCUUGGCGCGUCUGAAGGAUGCGGCUCUGCCCUGGAGCUUAGAAGACGUAGCCUUUUGGGGGAGGGAUGGAGGGGGUCAUCUCAGGGGACAUACCCCUGCCCAGGGGUCUGAGGAAACACGACCCUGAAUUAAGAGGGAUGGGGCUGAGGGCUUCACAGCCCCGCCCUGGGGAGGUUUCAGAGACCGCCUUAACCUCUGCGGGUCACAUUCACGGGAAUGGCUGGGCUAGGCACACCAAGCUGCUCCCAACUGCUUUUCUCCCAAGUCAGAGGACAGAGGCUCAGACCCCUCAGCAGCCACCUGCUCAGGGUGGAUGCAGAUGACGUCAUGACUAAAGAGGAACAGAUCUUCCUGCUGCACCGUGCUCAGGCCCAGUGCGAAAAACGGCUCAAGGAGGUCCUGCAGAGGCCAGCCAACAUAAUGGAAUCAGACAAGGGAUGGACAUCUGCAUCCACAUCAGGGAAGCCCAGGAAAGAUAAGGCAUCUGGGAAGCUCUACCCUGAGUCUGAGGAGGACAAGGAGGCACCCACUGGCAGCAGGUACCGAGGGCGCCCCUGUCUGCCGGAAUGGGACCACAUCCUGUGCUGGCCGCUGGGGGCACCAGGUGAGGUGGUGGCUGUGCCCUGUCCGGACUACAUUUAUGACUUCAAUCACAAAGGCCAUGCCUACCGACGCUGUGACCGCAAUGGCAGCUGGGAGCUGGUGCCUGGGCACAACAGGACGUGGGCCAACUACAGCGAGUGUGUCAAAUUUCUCACCAAUGAGACUCGUGAACGGGAGGUGUUUGACCGCCUGGGCAUGAUUUACACCGUGGGCUACUCCGUGUCCCUGGCGUCCCUCACCGUAGCUGUGCUCAUCCUGGCCUACUUUAGGCGGCUGCACUGCACGCGCAACUACAUCCACAUGCACCUGUUCCUGUCCUUCAUGCUGCGCGCCGUGAGCAUCUUCGUCAAGGACGCGGUGCUCUACUCUGGCGCCACGCUUGAUGAGGCUGAGCGCCUCACCGAGGAGGAGCUGCGCGCCAUCGCCCAGGCGCCCCCGCCGCCUGCCACCGCCGCUGCCGGCUACGCGGGCUGCAGGGUGGCUGUGACCUUCUUCCUUUACUUCCUGGCCACCAACUACUACUGGAUUCUGGUGGAGGGGCUGUACCUGCACAGCCUCAUCUUCAUGGCCUUCUUCUCAGAGAAGAAGUACCUGUGGGGCUUCACGGUCUUCGGCUGGGGUCUGCCCGCUGUCUUCGUGGCUGUGUGGGUCAGUGUCAGAGCUACCCUGGCCAACACCGGGUGCUGGGACUUGAGCUCCGGGAACAAAAAGUGGAUCAUCCAGGUGCCCAUCCUGGCCUCCAUUGUGCUCAACUUCAUCCUCUUCAUCAAUAUCGUCCGCGUGCUCGCCACCAAGCUGCGGGAGACCAACGCCGGCCGGUGUGACACGCGGCAGCAGUACCGCUGCUCAAAUCCACGCUGGUGCUUAUGCCCCUCUUUGGCGUCCACUACAUCGUCUUCAUGGCCACACCAUACACCGAGGUCUCAGGGACGCUCUGGCAAGUCCAGAUGCACUAUGAGAUGCUCUUCAACUCCUUCCAGGGAUUUUUUGUCGCCAUCAUAUACUGUUUCUGCAACGGCGAGGUACAAGCUGAGAUCAAGAAAUCUUGGAGCCGCUGGACACUGGCACUGGACUUCAAGCGCAAGGCACGCAGCGGGAGCAGCAGCUAUAGCUACGGCCCCAUGGUGUCCCACACAAGUGUGACCAACGUCGGCCCCCGUGUGGGACUCGGCCUGCCCCUCAGCCCCCGCCUACUGCCCACUGCCACCACCAACGGCCACCCUCAGCUGCCUGGCCAUGCCAAGCCAGGGACCCCAGCCCUGGAGACCCUCGAGACCACACCACCUGCCAUGGCUACUCCCAAGGACGAUGGGUUCCUCAACGGCUCCUGCUCAGGCCUGGACGAGGAGGCCUCUGGGCCUGAGCAGCCACCCGCCCUGCUACAGGAAGAGUGGGAGACAGUCAUGUGACCAGGCGCUGGGGGCUGGACCUGCUGACAUAGUGGAUGGACAGAUGGACCAAAAGAUGGGUGGUUGAAUGAUUUCCCACUCAGGGCUGGGGCCAAGAGGAAAAACAGGGAAAAAAAGAAAAAAAAAAAAAAGAAAAAAGAAAAAGGAAAAGGAA